UCCUAUAAAUAGGAAAGCAGGUGUUGCUUUAUAGUAUUCAUCAUACAGUUGUAAUUAGAAACAAGAAAUACUUGUCCUUGAUAAUAAUACCCAAAGUUUUGAUCUUUUUCAUUUUUGUGUCAACCUACUGUAAAUUUCAUCAGAAACAAUGGUGGUCUUAACAAAACCUUCCAUUGAUCACUUUUCCAUAGUCAACAACUCUUUCUUCAAUGAUAUUCCUGUGAUAGACCUCUCUAAACCUGACUCCAAGAAUCUCAUUGUUAAGGCUUGCGAAGAAUUCGGAUUUUUCAAAGUCAUAAACCAUAAUGUCCCUAUGGAAUUCAUAAGUAAACUCGAAUCAGAAGCAAUCAAAUUCUUCUCUUCUCCCCUUUCUGAGAAACUAAAAGCAGGGCCUGCUGACCCUUUUGGCUAUGGAAAUAAACAGAUUGGACAAAAUGGCGAUAUCGGUUGGGUUGAAUACAUUCUCCUUUCAACAAACUCUGAAUUCAAUUACCAGAAAUUUGCAUCUAUAUUAGGUAUAAAUCCAGAAAACAUUCGAGCUGCAGUAAAUGAUUAUGUGUUAGCAGUGAAGAAAAUUUCCUGUGAGAUUCUUGAAAUGAUGGCGGAGGGAUUAAAGAUUCAUUCAACGAAUGUUUUCAGUAAGCUUUUGAUGGAUAAAAAGAGUGACUCUGUUUUCAGGCUCAAUCAUUAUCCUCCAUGUCCUGAUAUUCAAGAAUUCAAUGACAAAAAUUUGAUUGGAUUUGGAGAACAUACCGAUCCACAAAUCAUAUCGGUUUUAAGAUCCAAUAAUACUUCCGGCCUUCAAAUUUUACUCAAAAAUGGCCACUGGAUUUCUGUGCCACCUGAUCAGAAUUCAUUUUUCAUCAAUGUUGGUGACUCAUUGCAGGUGAUGACUAAUGGGAGGUUUAAGAGUGUGAAGCAUAGGGUAUUGACAAACAGUGUGAAAUCAAGACUAUCAAUGAUAUAUUUUGGAGGACCACCAUUGACUGAAAAGAUAGCACCAUUGCCAUCACUAAUGGAAGGAAAAGACAGCUUGUACAAUGAAUUUACAUGGUUUGAGUACAAAAUAUCUGCUUACAAAUUUAGGCUGGCAGAAAACAGAUUGAACCUGUUUGAGAAAAUUGCAGCCUCAUAGUGAUUUUUCUUAGCUAAGAGCGAGAAACUUAUUCAGAAUUUGAAGUUUAUCGUUAUAUAUAUAUAUAUAUAUUUAGUAGAUAUCUCAACAGAUAUACAGAGUUUGUAUCAAAAGGGUAGUUGAUUAUUCUCUCAGACAUAUGUAACUACUUGUCUUGUGUUUAUAAUACAAGUUGAAAAAUCAUAAUUAUCAA